UGGAGCCUUCUGGAAACCGACUCUCCUUUCCAGCCCGAGCAGUCCGCACUCUCUACCGGCGGUACUUUUUACUUUGACUUCGCUGGUUGUGCUGCUUCGCCAUGUCCGCGGUGAAAGCUCUGAACCCGAAAGCAGAGGUGGCCCGGGCCCAGGCCGCCCUGGCGGUCAACAUCAGUGCCGCCCGGGGGCUUCAGGACGUGCUGAAGAGCAACCUGGGACCGAAGGGGACCAUGAAGAUGCUGGUGUCUGGUGCAGGAGACAUCAAGCUGACCAAAGAUGGAAACGUCUUGUUACACGAGAUGCAAAUUCAGCACCCGACAGCGUCACUCAUCGCAAAGGUUGCCACGGCGCAGGAUGACAUCACAGGAGACGGUACCACCUCCAACGUCCUCAUCAUCGGUGAACUGCUGAAGCAGGCGGACCUCUACGUGUCAGAGGGUCUUCAUCCAAGAAUCAUUGCUGAGGGCUUUGAGGCGGCGAAGGAGAAAGCCUUGGCGGCUCUGGAGGAUGUGAAAGUGACCCGGGAAAUGGACAGAGAGACCCUCAUCAACGUAGCACGCACCUCUCUGAGGACCAAGGUCCACAAAGAGCUGGCAGACCUGCUCACUGAGGCUGUAGUAGAUGCUGUGCUGGCAAUCGCCAAACCCAAUGAGCCAAUCGACCUGUACAUGGUGGAAAUCAUGGAGAUGAAGCAUAAGACCGACUGCGAUACACAACUGAUCAGAGGUCUGGUGUUGGACCACGGUGCUCGACACCCAGACAUGAAGAAGAGGGUGGAGGAUGCCUACGUGCUGACCUGCAACAUAUCUUUGGAGUACGAAAAGACAGAGGUUAACUCUGGCUUCUUCUACAAGAGCGCAGGGGAGAGGGAGAAGCUUGUGGCUGCAGAGAGGAAGUUCAUUGAGGAUCGAGUGCAGAAGAUCAUCGCCUUGAAGAACAAAGUGUCGCCCAACGGGGAGAAGGGCUUUGUUGUCAUUAACCAGAAGGGUAUUGACCCGUUAUCUCUAGAUGCCCUCGCCAAGGAAGGCAUUGUAGCCCUGCGCAGGGCGAAGAGGAGGAACAUGGAGAGGUAGCGUCGUGCCCGGUGCAGGUGCAUUCGAGGUGGCUGUGGCGGACGCUUUGGUAAAACACAAGCCCAAUGUGAAAGGCAGAGCCCAGCUGGGAGUCCAGGCAUUUGCAGAUGCUCUUUUAGUCAUCCCCAAGGUUUUGGCCCAGAACUCUGGCUAUGACCCACAGGAGACCCUGCUGAAGCUGCAGACGGAGUACAAAGAGUCUGGUCAGCUAGUUGGAGUAGACCUCGACACAGGGGAGCCCAUGGUGGCAGGAGAAGCAGGUGUUUGGGAUAAUUACAGCGUUAAGAAACAGCUUCUUCAUUCAUGCACGGUGAUUGCCAGCAACAUCUUGUUGGUGGAUGAGAUCAUGCGAGCUGGAAUGUCUUCACUCAAAGGUUAAAGGUCAACUGAAGAAGCUGCAGCUGUCUUCGUCCUCACAGGGAUAGUUGUUUACCGAACGGUUCAGUCAACGUGUUCCCGCUCUGAAGCCCCCUAGUCUGAUGGACAGCCUUCUCUAAACACCGCGGCAUUCAUCACAGCGUCUCUCAGAAAUCAAUGUUAUGCUAGUCAUGUUUUUUUUUUCAUGGAUUUGUCAACGCCUUCCUCUGAUUGGUUUAUUUAUGAGAUUUUGUUAAAAGCACUGACCUCUGCCACUCAGAUUUGUUUCUACCCAUUAAAGGUUUUCUUGGCUCUUGAAA